AUGUCUGUUGAUCGCUUUGUGGCUUUAUGUUUCCCUCUCAGGUAUUCUUCUAUUAUGAGGCUCAGUUUAUGCAUAAAGAUGGUUGUUAGCUGUUUUGUUAUUUCAUUCCUCUGUAUUCUUUAUCCUACAUUUACGCUAUCAAGAGCUCCAUUUUGCGGUAAUGUGUUAGACCAUUUUUUUUGUGAUGGUGCUGCCAUGAUGAAGUUGGUCUGUAUAGACAUCAGCUUUAUCAAACUUUCAAAUUUUAUAAGUUCUUUUAUCAUUUUAAUUGUACCUUUAGUAAUCACAUCAAUUUCAUACAUUUUCAUUAUAUCCACAGUUAUAAAAAUGCGAUCAGCUAAGGGCCAUCAGAAGACAUUUUCUACAUGUGUUUCUCAUCUUACUAUGGUUUCUAUAGUUUUUGGUGGUGCCAUAUUUAUUGAAAUAAGACCUAACAAAAGUUAUUCAAUAGAAACAGACAAACUGGUUAAUUUUGUAACCACUAUACUGAGCCCAUUGCUAAAUCCAUUUAUUUAUACAUUAAGAAAUCAGAAAGUUUAA